GCCCCUUCCCCUCUGCCUUUCCUUCCAUCGCCACGCCGACCAGCCUCGGGAUCCGGCAUCCAGACGCAUUGCGCGUCGGGCAGCUGUGACACAGCACCCUCCACCCCUGCAGUCACCAUGACCUCGCCCGCUUCUCCCCGGGGUAGCCUGCCAGGGCUGCAGCUCCCGCCUGGCGAUCGGACGGCCAUCGCGCGACAUCUGUCCGCGUCGCUGCCGAUCCGGCGAGUGCUUCUCGUCUGUAAGCACAACGAUCUGAAUGUCUCGGCCACUCUGGCCAGCGUGGCUUCCUGGAUUUUGCAAUACCACACCUACGACGCGGCACACGAGGCAGCCUCGGUGGCGAUGACCGUGGCCGCCACCACUGCCACACCGCCCUCGCCCUGGGCCACCACUCCCGGCUCCGAUCGCCCGGCACACCCGCCGAUCCUCAUCUUCCUGGAAACGUCCAACUUCCUGGACCAACAUGUCCGCCAGACCGGCCUCCUCGACAGCGAUCGCGUGGUUCCCUUUCUCCCGGCCGGCGAAGCGCGGCGCUGUGUCCGGUCGCUGUUGGCAUUCAAGCAGCGCCUGCAGCAGCAGGCCGCUUCAUUGGAUGAUGGCCCCUGUCCCAUGAGCCCUCUAUCGACGGAGGACUGUAUGCAGUGCAGCUCCGCUUGCUCCGAGCCCUUCUGCGAAUCCUCCCACUCGGACAUCGAUCUGAUUGUGACUCUUGGCGGCGACGGCACGGUCCUUCGUGCUUCUUCGCUCUUUCCUCGGCAUAUGCCGCCAGUGCUUCCUCUGCGCCUGGGGACACUGGGCUUCUUGACGCCCCACUCGGUUGGCAGCUUCCCGCGCAAGUUCCAGUUGAUCGCCACUGCUCAAGCGGCCAUCACCCACAAGAUGCGCAUCCAAUGUGCCUACGUACCACACGAUGUGGGCGCCGCCAGCCCCGGUCUUGUGCCUGCCUUUGGCACCCUGGGAAUGUCCACCUCGGCUCCUUCUCUGUCGCUGCCUGUCGGCGAGUCGCCAAGCCAGUCCCCCGGGGAGGCUGCCUGUCCCCCGACCGCCGGCGGGCCCAGCCGCAGCAGCGCCGUUCCCCUCUGCUCUCACUCCAACGACGAGCGCUGCUCCCCCCCCGGUGGGGCGACCGAACCGUCAUCCUCGUCUUCGUCAUCCUUGUCGAAUGGCUGCUGCCGGAAUUCCGGUCGUCCCGCCGGCAAGGAGGGCAGCCACCCCCUCUGUGCCGGGGCCGGCUCCUCGAGCGACCCGAGCCAGGCUCACGUUCGGACUUUCCAUGCGCUCAAUGAGCUGGUGAUCGAUCGGGGCGUGUCGCCGCACCUGACCGCCCUGCAGCUGGCCGUCGGAGAUCGACACAUGCGCGGAACCAUCAAUGCCGACGGGCUGAUCAUUGCCACGCCCACCGGCUCGACGGCGUACUCCCUGUCGGCCGGUGGGAGUCUCGUCCACCCGGCGGUUCCGGGGAUCCUACUGACGCCCAUCUGCCCGCAUGGGCUGUCCUUCCGCCCGGUCAUCGUCCCGGCCACCGUGCCCUUGACCAUCACCAAUCCCCCCCUGCCGAGCACCAGCUCGGCCCCUCCUUCAGUUUCCUCCUCCCACACCGACCUCGACCUGGCAGCCAGUGGCAUGGCCCUCGGCGCGUCGCUGCUCGGAGGCAUGGGCUUCGCCUCUUCGUCAUCCUCCGAAGAGGCAGCAAUGCCCGCCCUUCCUGGCGGCGACCAGGGCGAUGCCACUGCCGCUGCGCCUGGGGCCGGGGCCGGGGCCGGGGCCCGCGCGACGGGCUACCCCCCGCUGGUGAGCCUUCCCCGUGCUGGAACCGGGCUGGCCUUGGCGACAUCGGCUCCGGCCCCGACGUCCCGUGCGUCUGCCUGGCUGACCGUCGAUGGGAACCAGGUGGCGGAGCUUCGCCGGGGGGAUCAUGUUGUGGUGUCGGUUUCGCCCUUCCCCGUGCCGAUUGUGUCUCGGUGCUCCGACGCCACGGACGACUGGUUUUCCUCGCUGGAGCGUUGCCUUCAGUGGAAUGUGCGCGAGGGCUAUGUCCCGCCGGCGCAGACCGGUGCCCACCACCGGAGCCCCCCCUCCGGCCAUGGCGCGACUUCUGUGGCUGGCGCUGGCGCCGGCCUCUUCCCUCCUGGGGCAUUCUCAUGACCGGCCUGCCUCACGCUCACCUGUUCGCACUGCUUGCGCUGCUCCUUUGCGCGCCUGCCGCUUCUCGAAAGGCGGGGCCGGGGGGUGACCCUGGGGCGCACUUGACUAGAUCCCCCAUCCUUAUGCACAUUUCCCUGCGUGUGUCUCCUUCCUCCUUCUUUCCCUCCCCUCCUCUCUCUCUCUCUCUC